AUGAUAUCCACACUCCUCCUCAGCCUCUUCGCGCUCUUCGCUACUAUUGCUGUUGGUACAGAUCGUCCAUGGAAUCAUUGGAAAUACCAAGAGGGUGGUAAGCAGCAUGACAGAGGAUACAGAAAAGGGGAUUGGCGCGAAUGCUGGCAAUGCCAUCGACACUACUGGGCGUGCUACACAGACUGCACCAACGGACAGGAGUUUGGAAACGAGCAUGGGAACGACAUCCGUUAUCCCAACCAGGAAUGCCGCUUACUCUGCCAGCAAUGGGCAGAGUCGAGCGUACAGUGGUGCACGAAGCAUCAAUGCAAGCUCCAUACCGGAAAAUGGGGAGAGGACGAAUGGCAUAGCCAG